AGGGGCACUGCUAGUGUGGCAGUGUGGCUCUUACCCCACAGAAGCAGUAAUAACUCUUGCUUUAGAAAAGAAAGGAACUAAAAGUGAUUAGUUUAAGACAACACAGGAAGUUAUUUUGCAACUUCGCAUGUUGUUUCAGCAAAGAAAAGUCCCCAACUUGCAGUAGUGGCACUAGAGGGUUAGAUGAUGGAGGACAGAAACCAUCCAGAGAAGGAACCUGUGGUUGAAGAAACAAAGGUGAAAGUGCUUCUUGACACUGAGGCGUCACUGGAGGCUGAUGGCAAUGUUGACUACGGGAUCACAGGAGCAAACUCCAUCUACUCGGCCAUUCUCAGCAGAAAUGAGGCCGUCAAGGAUGCAAAGCGCCUGAAGACCUUUUUGGAGCUGAGGGAUAAAUAUGUGACGAAGCACGUUCUUUUUGAGGACCCUCUCUUCCCUGCAAACGACUCCUCACUUUUUUACAGCGAGAAACCCACAAUGAAGUUCGAGUGGAAACGUCCCUCAGAAAUCUGUGAAGAUCCCCAGUUCAUCGUCGAUGGAGCCAACAGAACCGACAUCUGCCAAGGAACUCUGGGGGACUGCUGGCUGCUCGCCGCCAUCGCCUGCCUGACUCUGAACGAGAAGCUGCUGUACAGAGUGAUUCCUCCGGACCAGAGCUUCACUGAGAAUUACGCCGGAAUCUUCCACUUUCAGUUCUGGCGUUAUGGUGAAUGGAUCGACGUGGUUGUGGAUGACCGCAUCCCCACCUGCAACAACCAGCUGGUUUUCACCAAAUCUUUCAGACAGAACGAGUUCUGGAGCGCUUUGUUGGAAAAAGCUUACGCCAAGUUGCACGGAUCUUAUGAGGCACUGAAAGGGGGAAACACGUUGGAAGCCAUGGAGGAUUUCACAGGUGGAGUCACUGAGUUUUUUGAGCUGUCCGAGGCACCUGCUGAUCUCUUCACCAUCAUGAGGAAGGCGCUGGAGAGGGGCUCGCUGAUGGGCAGCUCCAUAGAUGUUUCCUCCGCCAGUGAAAUGGAGUCCCGGACUGACCAAGGGCUGGUCAGGGGUCACGCCUACUCCAUCAUCGGCCUGGAAGAGUGCGACGAAGUCUCAAAGGACUCCAGAAUCCGCCUGAUUCGUCUACGCAAUCCCUGGGGAUUUGUGCUCUGGAAAGGUCCCUGGAGUGCCAAGUCAGAUGAGUGGUCGACUAUUUCUACUGCAGACAGGGAGAAUCUGAAGAAACAGACGGUGGAGACAAGUGAGUUCUGGAUGUCCUUUGAUGAGUUCAAGAAGACUUUCACCAAACUGGAGAUGUGUAACCUCACCCCCGACGGACUGCAGGACAACGAACGGAUGACCUGGACGGUUUCGGUCAAUGAAGGUCGCUGGGUGAGAGGCAGCUCUGCUGGUGGCUGCAGGAACUUCCCAGACACAUUUUGGACAAACCCUCAGUAUCGGCUUCAGCUUUAUGAGGAGGACGACGACCCAGAGGACGGGCAGGUGGCCUGCACUGUUGUUGUAGCCCUGAUGCAAAAGGGUCGGAGGAUGCAGCGCCAUAAAGGAGCAAAAUUCCUUACCAUUGGAUUUUCUAUCUACAAGGUGCCAGAGAAGAUGCAAGGCCAGAAUCAACAUCUGCAGAAGGACUUCUUCCUCUACACAGCCUCCACAGCCAAGUGCAAGAGCUACAUCAACCUGCGGGAGGUGACGGAGCGUUUCCGACUGCCUCCGGGAGAGUAUGUCAUCGUCCCCACGACCUUUGAACCCCACGUGGAGGGAGAGUUCAUCCUUAGGGUCUUCUCUGAGAAGCAGAGCACAUCUGAGGAAGUAGGGAGCACCAUCGAUCAAAUAGAGCAAGACAAGAAAAAGAAAAAGAAGCCUAUUGUAUUUGUAUCAGACAGAGCGCACGCCAACAAAGAAAUUGAGCAUGACGGCAUUCAGGGGGAAAAGAGGAAGAAACCAAAGCGGAAACUGCUGCAAGAGGAAGAAGAGACUGAGGAAGAGAAAAAGUUCAGAGCCAUUUACAAACAGAUUGCAGGCGAUGACAUGGAGAUCUGUGCAAACGAACUCAAGACGAUCAUGAAGAACGUUCUUUCUAAACAUAGUGAGAUAAAGACAGAAGGCUUCAGCCUCGAGACGUGUCGAAGCAUGAUCGCCUUAAUGGAUACUGAUGGAUCGGGGAAACUGAAUUUCCAGGAAUUCAAACACUUGUGGAAAAAGAUAAAAGCAUGGCAGCUCAUCUUCAAACGGUACGAUCGAAACAAGUCCUGCUCCAUCAGCAGCUUCGAGAUGAGGAACGCCGUCAAUGACGCAGGGUUUCACCUCAAUAAACAGUUGUACGACAUCAUAGCCAUGCGAUACGCAGACGAACACCUCAACAUUGACUUUGACAGCUACAUCUGCUGUUUUGUGAGACUAGAGGGAAUGUUCAGGGCCUUUAAUGCCUUCGAUAAAGACGGAGACGGAAUAAUUAAACUAAACGUCCUGGAGUGGCUUCAGCUGACGAUGUAUUCCUAGAUGAAGAUUACCUGGCGAUCUACUUGAUCACACCUCGUUAAGAGUCUGGACUCUAAAAGUCAUUAAAUCAUGUUUCUGUACUGUUAAUGCCGUUAAAUCCAGGUUUUGACUGCAAGUUUAAUCAACAUUGUGGCUUAAGCAUUUAAUUUUCGCUUAUCAAAGUUUUCAAUUUCAUCUCAGGCUAUGAAAAUAUUCAAAAAAAAUCUCAACGUUAAUGUUAUAAAUAUGAAAGAAUCUGUUUGUUAAAUCUUUCUGGAAACAAUAUUUAAAAGAAUGAGGGAAAACAUG